UUCUUCCUCGAACGUUCAUUUAAAACAAAGUCCCCCUUUCACAUAGAAAAGAGAUAAAAAGGAGCCACCGUUCACGGUUCAUUCAACAAAACAAAGACAAAAAAUCUCAAAAGCAACCGUCAUUCAGAUUGUCGAUCAGAAAUGGCGUCGUUCGAUGAAGCACCUCCCGGAAACCCAAAGGCCGGAGAGAAGAUAUUCAGAACCAAGUGUGCGCAGUGCCACACCGUCGAUAAAGGUGCCGGUCACAAACAAGGACCAAACUUGAACGGAUUGUUUGGGAGGCAAUCAGGAACAACGCCAGGGUAUUCCUACUCUGCUGCUAACAAAAACAUGGCCGUCAUGUGGGAGGAGAAGACUCUCUACGAUUACCUCUUGAACCCCAAGAAGUACAUACCUGGGACGAAAAUGGUGUUUCCUGGAUUGAAAAAGCCACAAGAUCGUGCCGACCUCAUUGCUUAUUUGAAGGAAGGUACUGCAUACACAGACGCUCGGUUAUAAUGGAGCCUCUGUUCCCCCUCCAUUUUUUUUCUCAUAGAUAAAAAUAAGACCAACGUAUAUGGUGGUCAUAAACUUGCUUUGUAUAUCUUUAUUUUUUUCAAUGGGGCGAGUUACCUCGUACGAAGAAGAAGAAGAAGAAGCAAUCUUCUCCACCACGAAAUUCAGGAGAUUUUAUUCCACUUGCCUAGUUUUUGUUUCAAAUCAGAUUCUUCGACGACGAAAGUUGUAUGUACCAUUCCAUGCUGAGUUCUCGAUGCCCAAUAGGCAUAUUUAGAAACAUAUAACUAGGGAAACUAAAAUCGCACUUGAACAGCAAGACUAGUUUUGUCCGGACUGUACGUACAUUUGUAGUGUGAAUUGAGUUCCUAGCUUGUUCUAAUUCAUAAGCUGACAAGCAAAACAAGUGAAAGACCACGGCAUUGUGAUGACUGAUACAAAUCUUGGGCUGUGAAGGCUUCCAUUUCCUGGUAUCUGUCAAAAUAAAUGGAUUGUCUAAUUGAGACUUUACCAUCAAACAGUGAGUGAGUCAUAGAACACUACACAGAACAGACCU